AUGGGCAAUAUUGAGGAGAUGCUCAAGAAACUUAUGGAUGAGAAUCAGAAUCAUGCUACAACCAUUCUAAAUUUAGAGCGACAAAUGGGGCAACUUGCCAGUGCUCAAAAUAAUCGGCCAGUUGGGGCUCUUCCUAGUGAUACUGAGCCUAUUCCUAAAGCUCAAGGCAAUGCGGUUAUCUUGAGAAAUGGAAGAGUAUUAGAAGAGGUUCCAAAUAAAAAGAAGUAUACGGCUAAUCUUGAAGGAAAAUUAGGUCUCAAGCCAGUUGGGGAGAAUGAGAAAGAGAGCGAAAGAUCAAAGCUAGUAAUUGUGACAAGGCCACCACCUCCGUUUCCACAAAGACUGCAGAAGCAAAAAGAUGAUGCUAAGUAUAAGAAGUUCUUAGAUAUUUUGAGCCAAGUGCGUGUGAAUUUGCCUUUGGUGGAAAUUUUGCAGAAUGCUAGAGUUCAGUGUAAACUUCCUCCUAAGUUGAAAGAUCCUGGGAGUUUCACAAUUCCUCUGUCUCUUGGGAAACAAGAAGUUGAAAUUAUUUUUCAAACACAAAGUGAUAACAUAAAUUUUAUGUCAUCAUCUUUGUUCAAGAAACAAGGAUUGGGGGUCCUUAGACCGACUACAAUCACUUUACAGUUGGUUGAUAGGUCACUAGUGGUGCCAGAAGGAAUUAUUGAGUAUGUGUUAGUUCAAGUGGGAAAGUUUAUUCUUCCUGCUGAUUUUAUUAUUCUUGAUUACGAGGAAUAA